GAACCGCACGGUCCCACCAAGCAGCCGGCGCCUCGAUUUCCCACCGAACCGAGUGCUGGGAGGGAGUGAGUACCGCGAGGGGGCGGUUUUCGCGGCAAGAGCUGUCUGCUCCCAGGCACUCGGCGCCGCGGCUAUGGAUGUGGCCACGCGCCACUCAACCCGUGGGCUGCUCUGAGCUCGCGGUCCGACGUCGCCACGCUGCGGGCGCUCUGAGCCCCCGGAAUCUCAGCGCCCUACGGCUGUGACAAUGCUCGUGACCUCCAGUGAGAAGUCACGGCCGCACGGCGACGAGAAGACCUCAGUGAGCCCGGCGGCCAGACUUCGGCCCGUAUUCAGCCUGAUGUGACUCUCUGCUGGUUAUUCCCUUUCUUCGCUUUCCUAGGACUUGAAGCAGCAGAGGCGGCCGCAAAGCUGAGCCUCUCGCCCUACUGGGCAAGUUUCAGCGACCCGCGCUGAGGAGCUGUGUCAGGCUGGUCUGCCGCCGCCAACCUCGCCCUGGACCGGAGCGUUUGCCCACGGCACUCGCCCACUUUGGCGGCGGAAAUGUGGAGAAGUUGGGGGGUAGUCGUGUCGGGAGCUGACUAGCCCUAAAACACUGCUGCCGCGAAAUGGGGAGCGGAGUGCUUGGGGGACUAAGGGAGGCCACAGAGAUGCCCCGAAGGUGGCUGCCAAGGCCAAAGCGCAGAGCAGACGCGGCGGAGUUAGAGGUGCCCGUUUUGCGGGCUGCUGUCUUUGCCAUCUGGGCGAGGGGUUGAGGGCGCAGCUCCGUAUCUUCCUUGGACCUCUCGUGGCCCUACAGAGCCGCCUCAGUCGCUCGGCUCUCGGCGCACCAGACAGAGGAAAGUUCCCGAGGCUCCCGCCCGCUUCACAGCUGCUGCGCUCUCCCUGCUUUUGGUUCUGCAAGUGCCCGCUUCAGUCCGGAGAGGCGCUCGGGGCGUCUGAGUUGCCUCAGCUACCCGCCUCACCUGGUCGUCCCUCCCCCCAAUCCUCGCCUUGAGGCGCCCUCCCCGCCCCCUCGCUCCCCUCCCCCAAACUACAGCCUGAGCUCGCUCCUGCGCGCGCGCUCUCCCGGGCCCAAGUGAAUAGUCCUCGCGCGAGCGGGACACGGUGGUGGAUGCAAUUCCGCUCGCCUACAGCCGCCAGGAGCUCCCUGGCGCCGCAGGCAGCGUCCUCCUCCGAAGCAGCUGCGCCUGCACUUGGGCAGCCUGGACCUUCGUGCCCUGCCCCCGGGGCCUCGCGCCGGGGGCGCCCCGGGACACCCCCUGUGGGCCGGUUGGAGGAGGAAGAAGAGGAGGAAGAAGACGUGGACUCGUACCCCUACCCCUACCCUACGCAGAACACCUGGUUGGGCUGCUGCCACUUCUCUUUAAGGGGGAGGAGAAGAGAGCUGUGGAGAGCCAUGGGGGGUAGCGAAGUCCAGGAAUUUCUUUUGCAAUUUGGUUUCUUUUUGCCUCUGCUGACAGCUUGGCCGGCCGACUGCAGUCACGUCUCCAACAACCAAGUUGUGUUGCUUGAUACAACAACUGUGCUGGGAGAGCUAGGAUGGAAAACAUAUCCAUUAAAUGGGGUCCAGUUCUUCAACAUUCUUAAAAUAAAAUCCCUUUGCCUGAGCUACCAAAUUGUAAAGGCAGAUUGUAAAUCUGAUGGUGAUGACAAUGAUGAUGAUGAUGAUGACGUUUAUGAUGACAGAGGAAAAGAUAGAAGGCACUAUACUGAGUUCAACUAG